ACGGUCGCCAGUUUUUCUCGGAAUUUUCGGACUUAUCGCUUAUCGUCGGGUCCUCGCCUCAUUUUCCGUAGCACGCUUAUCAGCGCAAAAGGUGUCGCGUGGAAAUGCCGUCGGUGGUAAUGCAGUUGGCAUAAUUCGUUGCCUACUUCUGUGCGCCGCCCCACAUCAACUGCAAUCCUCUAACAGCUCAUUAAUCAGGAUCCUGCACACCUGCAGCCAUGUUUUGGAUUUUACGGCGCACCGGCGCCGCCAACUUCUUCAACUCCUUCAACAACAACUGCAGCUUCUCCAAGAGCAACUCGAACGGCGGCAAUCACAGCAACAGCACGCAAGACAAAUAUGUGAAGCGGCCCCCACGGAAGGCAUAUGGACGCCUGAGUGCCGAGGCCGAUGAUGCCGUGUCACUUGGCCACAAAAUCGAUGAUCCGUUCGAUGAGCUAGACGACUUUGAAAUGCUGGCAGCGAACUCCGGCACAGCCGGCUGUAGCAGUCAUGCCAACAAUGAGCCACCAGGUGAAGCCAAUGGCAACGUCAAUGUCAACGGUGGUUCAACUCCAGGAUCCCGAGGAGCAGUUGGCUGUGGAAAUGGGAAUGGGAAUGGCAACCUGUCACUCCUGCCCUGCACGGAUGCCGACUGCCAGGGCAACUACGAGGUGGAGAGCGCCCUUUGCGAGCUGGGCCUGUGCCAGGCGAAAGCCAAAACAUCAAAGGAACUCGGCGCUGGGAGCACGUCAACAUCGAAGGAGAUUAACGAAAACACAAUAAGUCGACUGCAUGCACUGGCCAUGGCCGAUGACGAUGAUGACUACGAUGAAUCACUUACCUGCAACGUGUGCGACCGAGCUUUCCAUUGUCACCGUCAGCUGGCAUCGCACCAGCAGAAGAAGCGACACUUCGGAUGCAGUGGCUGCGAUAGUUUGUUUCCCUCACUAAUGCUGCUGGAACACCACAAGGAGGAAUUUGAGCAUUGGAGCGACGAGGAGAUGGGUCGAAGGGUCUGCUGUCGCCGGAACAGGUGCGAUGACGAUUAUUUCACGGACACCGACUCCUUUAUCAGCGAUGCGGAGAGCGAGGACCUGGAGAGGCUGUUGUAAAUACCGGACACCGAACCGAACCUAACCCAAGGAUAGCGACUGAAGGGAUGGCGGGAAGGGAAAGAAUUCGAAUCGACCCAGCCGAAAAGCAGCCCGUCCAUUCCCAUUAAUGCUGGGCGGAAUAUCCUGCGGCGCCAACUGGAAUGGAAGGAUUUGGGAGGACAACGGACUUGGGCGCCAAGUCUUCUGAUGAAGAUUGACACACGGGGCGGACCGCUUGUCGCCCUAAUGAAAAUGAAUUAAACCCCAAUCUGGCUGAACGCAAAGCCGCCAGCCAAACAAUGAAAAAUGUUGGCUAAAGCCCAAUACCAAAAACCAAAAAGCAAAAACAAAAAGAAAAGGAGACGCCAGGACAAGAUAUAAAAUACUUGUGGACUGUGCGUUGUCGGUACUUUUAGAGUUCAACUACGAGAGACCCUCGCUGGGGGUCUAAAAACCAAGUUAUAUAUAUAUAUAUGUGUAUAUGUAAAUGUAUAUCUAUGUGUGUGUACAAUGAGCUAGUCGAAUACGAAACUCCAUAAAUGGAAUCAUAUCAUUAAAUGCAUAUGUGUAAGCCCCAAGACAAAUGCAAACUAUUUACCAAAGGAAAAACCAAAGGAAAACCCAAUGUAUUUUUCAAUAAAUAAAGCCGUGCGAAACCGAAAGCAUG